AUGCCUCUUCGGGUCUACAGCAACAUGUCUUGUGCUUUGGGCUACGGCAUCACAUUCUUGCACGGCAUCGUCCUCAGCUGGCUCAGUUUUUUUCUUCCAGUAUACUUUCAAAUUCUCCUCGAGUCCACCCCUCUGCAGUCUGGGGUCAAACUCCUCGCCGUUGUCAUCCCUCUUGCCCCGGCUGGAAUGGCCGGCGGCAUCGCUAUAGCUGUAACCGGACAUUACAAGAUGGUCAUAGUUGCCGGCUUUGUCCUCUUGUCGAUAGCGGUCGGCUGCAUGACCACACUGGAUGCCAACUCCUCCACCGCCGUUUGGAUUGUAUUCCAAGUUCUCGCCGGAUUGGGCGGCGGCCUCUCCCUGACCACUACCCUGCCGGCUGUCCAGGCGCCGGUGCCCGAAUCAGAUGUGGCCAUCGCCACCGCCGCAUGGGCUUUCGCGCGGUCUUUUGGAGCUAUAUGGGGUGCCGCCAUCCCUUCAGCCGUCUUCAAUUCCCGUUUCGACGAGCUUCUCCAUCUCAUCCCUGAGGCGUCGGUACGUGAUCUACUCGCCCACGAUGGCACAUACGAGCAUGCCAUCUGUGUUUUCAUUAAGCAGUUUGACUCUCAGCCAGUGCUCAAGGAAGAGAUCAUCCAUGUGUAUACUGAGGCACUCAAGAGAGUUUGGACUGUGUUGAUUCCGUUUGCUGUUGUCCCCAUUGGUCUGGCUCUCUUCAUGAAGGAGGUUGAGUUGAGACAGGAGCUCAAAACUGACUUCGGACUUAAAGAAACACCGCAAGCCCAAGGUUGA